CGCCUACUUCCUCCUUCUGUUCUCCUCUCGCUGAGUCGAAGCGCCGCAAAGUUUUAAGCCAAGCACUUUGCACCGAGCUGGACCUACGAGCCACUCAAAUACAUUCUGCCCGAGGACCCUGCUGGUGUAACGCGGUUGAAUGAGAAGACCGUAGUCAGGACAACGCUGAGCCGCCACCACCAUGCCGCCACCCGCCGACAUCGUGAAGGUGGCCAUCGAGUGGCCGGGGGCCUUCCCCAGGCUCAUGGAGAUAGACCAGAAAAAGCCACUCUCUGCCAUUAUCAAAGAAGUGUGCGAAGGGUGGUCACUGGGGAACCAUGAAAACUUUGCUCUUCAAAAUGCGGAUUCUACAAACUUCUACAUCACAGAAAAGAAUCGCAACGACAUCAAAAACGGUUCCAUUCUACGAUUGACAACGUCUCCUGCACAGACAGCGCAGCAGCUCCACGAGAGGAUCCAGUCGUCCAGCAUGGACGCCAAGCUGGAGGCCCUCAAAGACCUGGCCAACUCUUCCCGUGACGUCACCUUCGCCCAGGAGUUCAUCAACCUGGACGGCCUCUCCCUGCUCACCCAGAUGGUGGAGAGCGGAACCGAACGGUAUCAGAAACUUCAGAAGAUUAUGAAGCCAUGCUUCGGGGACUUGUUGUCGUUCACGCUGACGGCGUUUGUGGAGCUCAUGGACCACGGCAUCGUCUCCUGGGACACUUUCUCCAUGGCCUUCAUCAAGAAGAUUGCAAGCUAUGUGAACAAAUCUGCCAUGGACACUGCGGUGCUGCAAAGAUCUCUGGCCAUCCUGGAAUCCAUGGUUUUGAACAGUCAGGAUCUCUACCAGAAGGUGGCACAAGAGAUCACAAUCGGCCAGCUUAUACCGCAUCUCCAAGGGACCGACCAGGACAUUCAGACAUACACCAUCGCCGUGAUUAACGCCCUGUUCCUGAAAGCCCCUGAGGAGAAGAGACAGCUCCACGAGAACCACGUGAACAUCCUCGACUGUCCCCUGACAGAGAUGGCCCACAUCCUGGCUCAGAAGCAGCUGCGCUCCAUCAUCCUCAGCAAUGUCAUCCGCAGCACCAGGGCCAUUAAAGAUGAGAUGGCCCAUCAGCUGUAUGUGCUGCAGGUGUUGACCUUUAACCUGCUGGAGGACCGCAUGAUGACCAAGAUGGAUCCUCAAGAUCAGGCCCAGAGGGACAUCAUAUUCGAGCUGCGCAGGAUUGCGUUUGACGUUGAAUGUGAACCAAACAACAGCGGCAGCAUAGAGAAGCGAAAGUCCAUGUAUACCAGAGACUACAAAAAGCUUGGAUUUAUAAAUCACGUCAACCCUGCUGUGGACUUCACUCAGAUCCCACCAGGAAUGCUGGCCCUGGACAACAUGCUGUAUUUCGCCAAGCACCACCAGGAUGCCUAUAUCCGGAUUGUUCUGGAAAACAGCAGUCGGGAGGACAAGCACGAGUGCCCCUUCGGCCGGAGCAGCAUCGAGCUGACCAAGAUGCUCUGCGAAAUCCUCAAAGUUGGAGAGCUCCCGAGCGAGAACUGCCACGAUUACCACCCCAUGUUCUUCACCCACGACCGGUCCUUCGAGGAGUUCUUCUGCAUCUGCAUACAGCUGCUGAACAAGACCUGGAAGGAGAUGAGAGCCACGUCCGAGGACUUCAACAAGGUGAUGCAGGUGGUGAGGGAGCAGGUAAUGCGAGCUCUGAAUGUGAAGCCUAACUCUCUGGACCAGUUCAAAAGUCGGCUGCAGAACUUGAGCUACACUGAGAUCCUGAAGAUCCGCCAAUCGGAGAGGAUGAACCAGGAGGACUUCCAGUCCCGCCCCAUCCUGGAGCUGCGGGAGAAGAUCCAACCGGAGAUCAUGCUCCUGAUCAAGCAGCAGCGGCUAAACCGUCUGUGUGAGGGCACCUGCUUCAGGAAGAUCAGCAGCCGAAGGCGCCAAGAUAAGUUCUGGUAUUGCCGCCUUUCGCCGAAUCAUAAAGUCCUCCACUACGGCGAUCUGGAGGAGAGCCCCCAGGGCGAGGUGCCCCAUGAUUCUCUGCAGGACAAGUUGCCGGUGGCCGACAUCAAGGCGGUGGUGACUGGGAAAGACUGCCCUCACAUGAAGGAGAAGGGCGCUCUCAAGCAGAACAAGGAAGUGCUGGAGCUGGCAUUCUCCGUGCUCUACGAGUCGGACGAGUAUCUCAACUUCAUCGCUCCCGAUAAGCACGAGUACUGUGUGUGGACGGACGGUCUUAACGCGCUCCUGGGGAAGGAGAUGACGAGCGAGUUCACCAAGUCCGACCUGGACGUCCUUCUCAGCAUGGAGAUGAAGCUCCGCCUCCUGGACCUUGAGAACAUUCAGAUUCCCGAGGCUCCGCCCCCCAUUCCCAAAGAGCCUAGCAACUAUGACUUUGUUUACGACUGCAACUAACUACCAACUGGACCAAUCGUUUCUUACUCGUACUGGAAAGAACUUUUGAAAAAGACGGUGGGGGGAAAAAAGAGAGGGAAAAAAUAAGGAUCUGUCUAACUUUUUUGUUUUUCUUGCUAUACUUGCUACUUACUUACUUUUUUUAAGGUGUAUUUUAAUGUAUUUGCAGCACUUAACGACUUGCCCUCGAGGCCUUCCAAACUUGUCACUUCCCGUUGCCCACUGAUCGCUCAACGAUCAUGACAACAAGCGUUGUCACGGCAACACGGUAACCUGCUGAAGGAGGACCAAGACCAGACCAGUUCCACUUGUCCUUAUGGUUUUGUUUUUGAGUUUGCUGUAGAAUAUUCCUUAUAGAAGUCGUUUUUCUUGUUUUAUUUUGUAUCGUUUUUGUUUUUUGGGUGGGUGGGGGAGGGUGUUGUGUGAGGGGACGGUGGAUGCAGUAUCCAAUUAUUGUUUUCACACCUCCGGUUUUUAAUGUUUUUGCACUGUAGCGACGAUAAAUCUCAUAUUCUGACACCCGGCAGCUAUGGCUCCACCGCGAAAGGGAAAAAAACACACUCCAUUUUCACCGGUUUGCUGAAACCUCACCCCUGCUCCACUUCCUAUAAACUGCUAAAUGAAGUGGACCCUCCUUGACCCGGCAAUAUCGCACACUGAAGCCGCCUCUCGAUAUUCUGUUUAAUGAGUCACUCGAGCUUAGCUUUCACAACUUUCAGAAGCAGCCAGGCUGAUUGACCUGCCGUUCUUGCUUGUGAAUUUACCAACACCACUUCCCCCAAGCCCCCCACCCCCACCCCCCCAGCCUGAAAUCCGGUCGGACACCCGUCAUGUCAGCUGUAAUAUUCCAAAGCAAUAUUUGGCUUGUAUCGUAAGCUGCUGUAUCUUUAGUGAUGUCUGUGAAGCUGCCAAGUAGUCAGUAUUAUCACACUGUUUGAGUGUUAAUUAAAGGGAAGGUCUUUUUCUCAACUCUCCGCCAAUUUGGAAGCAAAGUGUAAAUUUAAUUUAAAAAUAAACAUGGUUGUUACUUCUCUUACCGUUUUACCCUUUUUGAUCCACUCAAAUGUUUGUUCUAGGUUGAAAUGCCCUAAACCCUGCAGUUUACAUUAAAAGAGAAUAAAAGUAA